UCAAAUUCUUAAAUAUAAAGAAAAAAAUACAGUAUUCAUAGCCAGUAUUAAAAUAUUCCGAAAUAAGAAUAAAUAAUUAAAAAUGUUCGAGCCUAUUACAGAAUUCAUUUCGUACUGGUAUUUCAGAUAUUUGCUAGUAACAGAACUAUACAUGGUCGAAAAAUGGGAAAGAGUCAGUAUUCAUAUAUUCUUCGUGAUUGUGUUCGCUGCUCUCUCAUACUUCAAUAAUAAUGUUUUUGUGCCGAUGAGUUCCAAGAUGUUCAAUUUUGCACCAGACUUAGCUGAUUUAAUUCCUGUUGCUAGUUGAUAAUUUAAUGUAUUAUUUUUGAGUCGUUUUUAAUAUUUAAGAAUGGCCUAACACUUAGAUUAUACAUACCUUGCUACGAAACAACCAUAUAUUAUAUAUAAUGUUAUGUGCACAUAAAAAUGUAUACCUUCAUGUUA